AUUAAGGGGCGGGGUUUCGGGUUGUUACACACCCGUGUCGUCAGAUUUGAUUCAGAAAUAUGUUUCGCUGACGCUUGUAUCAGACCUUCAUCAGACAAGUCCUUCAACAUCAUCUGAAAGUCAUGGACGAGCAUUCAGCUCAGUUUCAACACGAGGAUUUGAUUGAUAUUUUAUGGAGGCAGGAUGUCGAUUUAGGGGUUGAACGAGAGAUCUUUGAUGGAUGUCUUCGGCAGAGAGAGGAGGAGAUCAUGAGAGCAAGUGAAAGGGAGUUAAAAAGAGAACGGGAGCUUGAAAGGAUAAUGCAAAGGUUACAGAAACUAGACAAAGAAACUGGAGAGAUUUUGCCUAGUCCUUCAUCUGUGAACUCCCAGGCUGUGCCCUUCUCAGACACAUUGCAUUCAACAGAGUUUACUCAGCUUUCACCUGUUACCCAGAAUCCUCUGCUGUCUGCACUGCUAUUCUCUCAGAAGUCUCAGAAGACUCAUUCUCAAGAGCAGGCUUUUAGUGAACUGCUGUCACUGCCGGACUUACAGUAUUAUUUGGAUGCCCUCGAGUCUGAGGGCUCAAGCUUGCCCCUAGAGGAUAUCACCGACAUCUGCCACCAGAACCUUCCCGAACCACAGAGUGACAACUCAACAGAUGCAUUAUGUGGCAUCACACAGACAAUAUCAGACUCUUUUGAGGUUGCUCAGCCUCUGUCGUGCAUACCCUCCGAUCCCGUAGAGAUACUGGAAACAUGCAUACAGACGUUCUCGGAUACAGGAAAUCUUUCACCUUCAAAAACAACGUACAGCGGCACCCCUGAGAAUCAAGUGAUUUUUCCAGAAUGCCACUUAACUUCAAGCAAUUCAACCCUUAGUGAGUUUUGCCCAUGUACCGUCAAUAGCAGUAAACCUGAACAAUUAAAUAGUGCACCUGGACGGGAUGCUCCACGAGCGCUUUUGCAAAUCGAAGAGCGCCACGUUCUGCUAGGGUUCGAUGACUCUGCUUCUGUUGGCUCUGUGGAUUUAGAGACGUCGCUCUACGCUGCUGACACCUUAAGUAACGACCAAUCAGACAAAGAUGAGCUGGAGAGCAUCCAAUCAGAUUACGCCGACCUGCUGCCUCUAUCUCUACACUCUGAUGGCGUGGAGGCAACGUUGUAUGAAACUGUUACAUCUGCGCAACGCCGCACUCAAAAUGAAUCAACACCUAAAUAUUCGCCAAAUCCCUUAAACACGGGCCAAGCUGCAGGUGUCCGGCGCUCGUGUCGCGAUGAACAGCGGGCCCGAGCCAUGGGUCUGCCGUUUAGUGUGCAUGACAUCAUCAACCUGCCCGUGGAAGCAUUUAACGAAGCCAUCAGCUCUUAUAAACUCAACAACGCCCAACAUACCCUCAUCAGAGACAUUCGAAGGCGUGGCAAAAACAAGAUGGCAGCCCAGAGCUGUCGCAAGCGAAAGAUGGAUAGCCUCGUUGAUCUCGAAGACGAGAUUGAGGGGCUGAAGAGAGAGAAGGAGCAAGUCGAGGAGGAAAAUGAGAGUAACGCUAAAGAACUUCAUGAGAUGAAAGAGAAGCUCCGGGAACUUUACAAUGAGGUGUUCAGACAGCUAAGAGAUGAACAUGGAAACUCCUACGACCCUAGAGAGUACAAACUACAGCACAGCACUGAUGGCACGGUUUACCUGCUGCCACGUAGCACAGCGAACAAGACCAAUACACAGACAGAGAACUUACCUGUUGCUCUAUAGUAAACCAGAAGUAUAGCAAAACCCUUUUGGUGUUUGUAACUUUACACACCAGAAGCACUUUAGCAUCGCAAUGUUGUGGUCUCGCUCAGGAAGCACAAUGUUUGUGUCACAUUCAUCUCCUCCUGAUUUUGUCAAUGGAGGUUAGUUGAGUGACAAUUUAUCCAGUAACAUUAGCAUCAACCCAAAGCCGCUGUUUUUGGUCAUGCAGUUUCAAUGUUACAUGUAAUGACAAUAAAAUCAAAUAAAUUCAAUAGAUAGAUCCAGUUAUAUAUAUAUAUAUAUAUAUAUAUAUAUAUAUAU